UUUAGACAUGAAAAGCUGGAUGUUAUCAAAGGGGAUAUAUUAAACUCAGAGUCCUUGAUUCCUGUCCUUGAAGGCAAAGAUGCUGUGUUAUCAUGCCUUGGUGCCCAUGGAACAAGUGUCUUUCGACACACAACAUUAUACUCAGAGUCAAUGAAGUCAAUAAUGUCUGCAAUGGAAAAGUAAGUGUCUUGUCCAGUGCUCUCUUGUAACACUGCUGCUUUCUUCUCUUUACAGAGUAAGGGUUGUUAUGAUGGUCCUGGAGGUGACUCCGCCCAUAUGUAGGUUAACUUUGCUCGUGGUUCUCCUCCUUACCCCAAGAGGUUUUUCUUCGGGUAUUCUAGCUUACCCCUCUACCUAAACUAACUCUUACCUUAAUUAACUCUGAGAUUUUCAAAUUCCAGUUUGAUCAGGGGGAGAUAAAGAAUCCAUUUUUAGAUUUGCUAAUGCUGAACAUGACUAUUUUAAACUUAAUAUAAUAACGUUAACAGCAAUUAAUCAUCAAAAUUUGGUUCUUAAGCGAAGAAAAUAAGUUGACAAUUUAUUGCAUCUUCCUUCUACAGACAUUUUUAGUUCAGAACUUUCCUAACUGUAACCCACCACCCCCUGUACCAGCUUGAGCUGGUUCCUAAGGAUAUAGAGCUUUAAAUCCAUAAAGAGCUUUAAAGGCUAACUGACCAGCAUUUGCCUCGAACCAUGUGUCUUCCUACUAUGUCUGAUUUAUAUUACGUGGAGCGUAAUGAUAGACAGUAUUUUGGAGAAACCCAAACAGUAACACAGAGCCGCUUAGAAAAGUGAAUUUAAGAGUGCUGAGUGACACCCAAUUUAAUCAACCAUCAACUUUAUUCCACCAUAAAGAGGUGUAAAGCCGCCUUGCAGGGUGACCGCUUGAAAAGACGUGAUGUAUAAUUCAGGUAAAUCCUGGACUCAACUCGAACACCAGAUGUUAAAUUAAGCUACAAUGGAGGUCAAAGAACUUGGGAAAGGUGGUAAAAUUCUUCCAAGUAAUUGUUACAUAGAACUCUGCUCCUAGUGACAAUUCUUUAAUCAGUCUUGUGUUCUUUCCUUCUUCCCUCCCACUCCCCCUAUAGAAUGGUGCGCCCACUGAAGGACUCAUUUCCACCCAUUUCUGCUUAAAAUUCAACAUUGCAGGGAUGGGAGGUAGGAGGUCGACAGUUUUACUAAUAUCACAGGCAAGGUCUCAACACUUAUUACCUCCAUCGUAGGUUUACUUAAUUUGCAAUCGAAAUUACAGCCUCGCCUGUUGGCUAAGACUGUGUUUAUUUAACAGGAGUAAACUUCAGAGAAUAGUGUGUGUCACUUCGUGGUGCACUAGGAAGGAAGCAGGAAAUCCCAAAACUGUUGAGUGGCUUUUAAAGCCUGUUGCGAUGGCUGGGUUCAUUCAUGAUAUGGCUUUGAUGGAAAGCAUACUUAUGGAGUCAGGCCUCUGCUACACCGUUGUCCGUCCACCAAUACUGAACAACAGUAAGCAUGGGAAGUUGUUGGGGUGUCUUUAUAUUAGUGUUAUACGCAAACUUUCAAGGCAGGUUUUCACUAACGACGGAGUCAGACUCGGGGGUUAGUGAAUCAAAUUAACGACGCCGCAUAUAGCUACAUCACUUAGUUCCUAUAGUCAACUAGAUUGUCGGAGUCGCAGUCUUGUUGCGUUUUCCGCGCGUCUGAUCUCUAGCUCUCUGUAACUGAACCACUCACGGAACGCUCCAGGUUUGCUAAGCCGAGAACGCCAACGCUAAGCACAGACUAGGCAACCAUCGACCCAGUUUUCAUAAUUUAUUGAGUUUGUUAUAACUUAUUUUCAUGGACGAGAACUACGUUUACGGAUUUAAACACAUUAAACUAUUUUGGUUUUUUCUCUUUUUUCAUAAAUAUGAAGUAUUCCUAGUUGCUUGAUUCAGUAGCAAUAUACUUUCCCAUUCUUAUUGUAAGGUUUGUCGAUCUCUUUAACACUGAAUUUGCACCCUAUUCAUGUAUUGUGGUUUCUAUCAGAUCCAGGUAAAGGCGACUACACAGUGCUAGAGGGUCAGUUUGUUCCCAAAGCUCCAAUGUUCAUACCACGAGCCGAUGUUACAAAUUACAUGUUAUCGUCACUCCAAAGGAAUGACUCGGACAGGAAAUGCAUGGCCAUUGGCGGGAAAGCGUGA